ACGACGAAGACGUUACCUACGGCCUCGAGUCUUCAUACCCUGAUAACCUCUCUACACGCAAGCUCUUCCCAUCCACUGGUCGGUACAAGCGGCGGAGGCGCAGCCGCAGCGUAUGCUGCGGCACCAACUGCGCUUCGCGCUGGAAGGCUAUCGGUAUCGUGUUAGGUAUCGUGGCUCUAUGGAACUUAGUUAAAUUGACAUCAUGGGUAAUCUCCGUGGCCUACUCUCACUGGAAUAGGGAACAUGCCCGAGUACAGCACCUCACUUGGAUGUAUAGAUGCGCCUUAUCAAUAUAUGGGCUCAAAUACUACAUUUGUGGUCCCUAUUGGCGACCAUCGUCGCCUUGCGUUCCUCAUAUUGGGCACGGCGCUCGGUACUCUCACUCUCGUCGAGGGUACUGCUGAUUCCGCUGAAGUCGUGUACGAUGUUUCUCUACGGAGAAGUGACACGGAUUCUUUCGACGACAUCUCCCUCGUUUCUGACGAACAGGGCCAGUUUACCAUCAAAACCCCAUCAGUGAAAACGUCCGGCUGCAUGCGCUAUGAUAUCGUCGCCUACCUCCCGCGCAACCUACGCAGCAUCGACAUCACAUCUGACUCAGUAAUGCAGCUCAGGUUUCCCGAGUUUGGCGGGCACAGCCUGAGCUCGAUAACCAGAGCCAGACUCGACAGCAUCGCGAUCAACUUGCGGUCUUCCGCGGAUCAGCUGAAUAUGUUCCUUCCAACCCUCGCUCUCCAAGCCACACAAACGUACAUCGACAUACACCGUGGCUGGCUCAUCGGCGAUCUUUCUCUCGGCGACCACACUGAGUUGCGCACGCAGCGCGGUGACGCUGUCACAGCUCUCCGCGUCGUGCCAUCCCCGUCACCCACACCGUUGCUAGCGCGUAUCCACGACGUCUCGCUCGUUGCCGUCACGGGGACUGGCCCGAUGAACAUCACCUACGCACGCGAAGCGGGUGCACCGCAUCGCAGGAUUGACAGCACACACGUAUCGGAGCGUGGCGGCGAUUUGUACCUCACAUAUGACGAUGCCAAGUUCAGUGGGGUCAUCGACUUCUUUGCGAAGUCGUAUUCGACGAACGGGCUGCAAUGGACGUCCAGGUCUGAGGCUGAGAGUCGGCUGGGCGAGCUGCGGUGGGCUGGGAGCAAGGAUGGGGACGAUACGCUCUCCGUUUCGUCGCCUGGUGGGUGGGUUGGACUGUAUAUGUGA